AUGUCAAAUAUUUAAAAUACAUAGAAUCCAAAAGCAUUAAAUAAUUUGUUAAACUCGAAACACUCUCUCAUAAGAUUAUAAAAAAUACUAUCUAAUGAUAAUCACCUUAGAAAAUAAUAACAUUUCAAACCUUUAAGAACUGAAAAAUCAAGCACCUUAUCUAUUAUUAAAAGUGAUAGUUUAAUAACAACUCAUGACAAUAAAAACUUUUUUAAAACAUCAACAAGCUUAAAUAAAUUGAAUAAAAUUGUUAAUAUUCAAAAGAAAGCAAAUGAUCAAACUCAUUAAUAAAUUAUUAAACAUCUUCUAACAGAUUAAUCCUAUUCUAAACUCAAUAAAAUUAGUUAACAAGGAGAUCAUGUUAGAACUCUUUAAACACUUAAACCACAACUUUAAAACUUUACAGAUUAAAAACUAUAAAUCAAAGAUCUUCGUAAUAAAAUUAAACUUAAAUUACAAGAAAGAGAUUAAGAAUAUUUAUUUAAGAAUGCUUAACAAAUUAGUAAUUUAUAACUUAAGUUAUCCAAUCUAUAAGCUUCUUAAUUAUUUAAAAAUUUUCUUGUAUAAAAUGGAUAUAGAUAACCUGCUUUCUUAAAAGACAUUUAAUGA